GUCCAAUCAGAGACAGCAUGGGGCAUUGGGUCCGCGGGGCGGCACGCCGGCCAAUCCCGGGUUUGGGCCUAUUGUAGCUCCUAAACCAGCUGCGACCCAAACAAACCAGGAGAGGAUUAUGAGUGUUUUGCAACCAAACCAAGCUGCAUCAAUUGUUGAAGAAGAGAUCACUGUCAUUGAACCAAAACAUCAUGGCCCAACCAAUACUUUUGCUACUGAACCAUGCCCUCAUACAGAAUCACUUUCGAUAGACCCUUCUCCUGGAAUUGUUUCUACAAAAGCCACUACAUUAGUUGAUGAUCAAUCUGACAUUGGUUAUAUUCAAAUAAUGUCCCCAGUUAAAGCCAUGGCAAUCACAUUAUUAGCUCCAGCUAAUGGAAGAGAUGUUAUAGCUCAUGAGUCUCCUUCUAUUUCUAAUGAUUGUGCCGCAAUUCUUAAUGUUGAUUCUACUGAUACUCCUGGUGAGGAUGAGAAAGUUGACAAUACGGAUGAUACCAUCUUGGUGAUUAAUCCAACCCCUGCCAAUGUCCUAAAUGAUGCCCCUACUCUGGAAACCAACUCUUUCUUAAUUGACAAUAAACUGAAAUGCUAUGAUGCACACAAUCUGUCUUCUGAGACAGCAUUGGAUGGCACACAGUGUGAUGUUACAAACAGUAAAGAAGAACACAGUUCUGGCCCAGCAGAAAGUGAUGCACACACUCUUUCUCUUGAGAAAGAGAUGGAUGGCACAUUGAGUAUUUCAAAUACAAGAAAUGAUGAGCAUCUCUCUGAUCCUAUUGACAGCAAUAAUUUUCCUCCACUAUCAACUAACACUGCAGGUAUUGACUUGGCUACUAUUGGACCAGUUCUACACACGUUUGACAUUGAAGGACAACAAUAUGAAAUUAGGUCCUACAUUGAAGAAGGGGAGACAUCACAUCAAAAAGAGGAAACCAAUGACUUCCAAGAUGUCCAAAGUAGGCAUAGCAAAAAAGCAGUGAAGAGGCCAAAUGCACCAAGAACAGUCAAAGCUAGAAGCUAUGACCCAAACCUUGAAGUUGGGACAGUGAGCGAGAUCACUCGAUAUUGGCCAAGUCGAAAAUCCACAACAAUGGAGAAAAUUGUUACUACUAAAAGUUACUCGGGGCCCUUUUGCCUGCGCAUGGAUGACAAAGAACGGAUAGCUGACUUUCAUGGAAGGGUCAGAGAACUGGCAAAUGAAGCUGAGAAUCUUAGGCGUCCCUUCACCGAAGACAGUUUAGUUUUGAAGGUAUUGAGAGCCCUACCAGAAUCCUAUGCAAUGGAUGCCAAAGCAAUUCAUCACGCACAUGAUAUCAAGAAUAUGACUCUAGAUCAGCUCAUGGGUAAUGUAGAGACCAUUGAACUGCAAAUGAAUGAAGAACUCAAACGGAAAAAGAAUGAUAAGCCAAUCACUUUUCAUAGCUUGGUAGACGAAGAUGACAAUGAGGAUGAUACGGCACAAGACGAGGACUUUCAAGAGCAACUGUCACUCUUCACUAGACAGUUCAAAAAACAAUGGCAAGCGUUCAUGUCAACCUGGAGUGAUGAUGAGGAACAAACAGAAGAUGUCGUGGGAAACAACAAUUGUGCUUUUGUCACUCAACAUGAAGGAGAAAAUAUUGAGGACACAGUGGAACAACUCACAGUACUACAAGAAAAGUGGACAGUACUGCUUCUUAUCCACAAGAGGAACAUCUUAGAGAAAAAUCAACUGGCAGCAGAAGUAUAUGAUCUUCGAAAGAAACUGGAUGAAGUCAAGCAGCAGCUGAACCAAUCUGAAGGAGAGAAGUCUGAUAUGAAAUAUGAACUUACUCAACUUAGAAACUAUCAAAAGUGGAUGAAGAGUGCAGGGGCUAAAAAGAUCGAGGAAAUGGUGAGUACGUCUAAAUUCUAUGGGGACUGAUCUGGCAUUGGGCACAUAGGAUCAGAAGGGAGCAAGACCCAACUGGACCUGUUUACUAAAGAAUCAAGGACCAUCACCGAAGAACCAGUCACAGAGAAUCCCCUGAAAGCAAUUCAAGCAAGGCCAAGGAGAAAGCGUUUCAGCACCCAACUACCAUGUAAGGAAGCCUUAUUCCCUGAAUCCUUAUUUCAAUUAUAUUUGCUUCUACUGCAGGAAAAAGGGGCACAUUAAACAACAGUGCUACAAACUGAGAAAUUUGAAGAGAAGAAAUGCUAGUGUAACUA